CGAAUCCGCGUUCGCCUCUUUUUGAGUAGAAGAGAUUAAAACCAAGCGCGUCUGAAAUGCGCUCGACCGACUCGCGCCACUGGUAGGGAUGAAAGCUGGGAAGGGCUCGUACCGGCGACCAACCGUUCUCCUUCUCGUCUUCGCUGUCGUCUGCUUCUGUAUCAUCCUCCUCUCCAUUCAAUCCUCCUUCUUCACCGGAAGCCGGAAGCUAGAUCUGAGUAGGAAGGAGGAGGUUCUAAUUCUCUCCGACUUCCAGUCCCGUGUCCAGCAAUGCGUGGCAAGCAGAGGACUUGGACUGACUGCUCACAUUGUAGAUCACUGCAAGUUGGUUCUCAAAUUUCCGGAGGGCACAAACAGCACCUGGUACAAUGAACAGUUCAAAAUUUAUGAGCCUUUAGAGUACAACUAUGAUGUUUGCGAGGCUAUUCUAUUAUGGGAACAGUACCGUAACAUGACGACAGUCUUGACAAGGGAGUAUUUAGAUGCCCGACCAGAUGGAUGGCUAGAAUAUGCAGCAAAAAGGAUUGCACAGUUGGGCUCAGAUAAAUGCUACAAUCGAUCUCUUUGUGAGGAGCACCUUAAUUUGAUUUUGCCACCAAAGCCUCCUUUUCAUCCUCGCCAGUUUAAGAAGUGUGCAGUUGUUGGAAACUCUGGGGAUCUUUUAAAGACCGAGUUUGGGCAAGAGAUUGAUGGGCAUGAUGCAGUUAUUCGAGACAAUGAAGCUCCUGUUAAUGAGAAAUAUGCAAGAUAUGUUGGACUGAAGAGGGACUUCCGUCUUGUAGUUAGGGGUGCAGCCCGCAACAUGGUUACCAUUCUUAAUGGAUCUGAUGAUGAGGUGCUAAUAAUAAAAAGUGUGACCCAUAGAGACUUCAAUGCAAUGAUAAAGGAGAUUCCAAAUCCGGUUUAUCUUUUCCAAGGCAUUGUACUAAGGAGAGGUGCUAAGGGAACUGGAAUGAAAUCUGUAGAGCUAGCGCUCUCUAUGUGUGACAUUGUUGACAUAUAUGGGUUCACUGUGGAUCCUGGCUAUACAGAAUGGACGCGCUAUUUCUCGACCCCCAGAAAGGGGCACAAUCCAUUGCAAGGGAGGGCCUAUUAUCAACUUCUCGAGUGCCUUGGCGUUAUCAGGAUCCAUUCCCCCAUGAGAUCUAAGAGGAAACAAGACUGGUCAGAUGUCCCGAGCAGAGAAGUGAUAAACCGUGCUCAGUCUGCUGCUUUGCAUCUGAAGAGAUAUCAAGCUGGUCAGGCAGAUGGGCUGGGACCAUUCAGCAGUUGUAAAGUAUGGGGCAAUGCGGGACCAGAUGGCAGUGGGCCAGUCUCUGGAUCAGCAGACAUGAGUGAGAAGCGUAAGAAAUCAAAUUACAGCAAGUGGGAAGUCCUACCAUUUGAAAGCCUAAGAAAGGAAGCGCAGGAGCACUACAUCCAAAUGGGAGGCGUCUCUUUGUACAAGAUGGAUGGCAAUAAACUAGAUGACCUUGUCUGUGUAAGGCACUCUCUGAAAUCGGAAGCUUAGGCAAAGGGGGCUUGUGUGUUUCAUUUCCUCCCCUUCUAUUGAUGUAAACUGGAUAGAUCCAAGUGGGCAUCUCUGUUGAUCUUGUGAGGCCCACAAGGAAGAUGGGCUUUUUUGGAGUCAGGAUUAUACAUUUUAGUUUUGGGCCCUUUCUCUCUCGGGUGAUGCAGGGGCAUGUGCGGUUGUGAUGCAACAUGGUUUGUACCUUUAGUCGCUUGAUGGGAGGGAGCAGCACCAAAGGAAUUCCAGAGUCUGAUGAGGUCAAUUGUGCUCUGAUCAAGGGCGGAGACAAACUGGUUUGGGUAAAUGGUGAUUUUGUAACACUAUCAUCCAUGAUAUCUAUAUUCUCUUUUCCAGUUGGAAGCUAUCAUCUCUGAUGAAUUUCUUAUCA